AUGGGUCUCGUCGCGGUGUUGUUCGUGGUGGCGGCGGCGGCGGCGGCGAGCGGCGGCGUGGUGCCCGUGGCCGCCCCGGCGGCGGCGCUGGUGCGGGCCGAGUACCCAGACGCCCGCCCGCAGUACCAGUUCGCGUACAGCGUGGAGGACGCGCUGACGGGCGACUCCAAGGCGCAGGAGGAGACGCGCGACGGCGGCGUGGUGCGCGGCAGCUACAGCCUCAUCGAGCCGGACGGCGCGCGCCGCACGGUCGCCUACUACGCCGACCCCGUGAACGGCUUCAACGCCGUGGUGCAGCGCGACCUGCCCGUCGCCGUGCCGGCCAAGGUCGUGGCCCCCGUGGUGGCCCCUGUGGUAGCCCCGGCGCCGGCCAGGAUCCUGGCGGCCGGCCCGGCGCGCCUCAUCGCCGUCUAGGUCCCUGGUCUAUCUCCCUCCCGAGGCGAGCUCAGGGCUUCAUUCCCCGGCACUUCGAUCUCAGAGCUCCCCCUUCACCAGUGGACACCAACCUCCCACACUCCGCAGCCGUUUCCUCGUCAACCUUUAUCCAACCAGUGUAACCAAGUUAGUUAAACUGUAAAAACAAGUUGUUUUUUUUACUCCUCCUGCAUAAAUUUUAAGAAAACUUAAUCAACGUUGUGAAAAAUUUUUUAGACGAACGAGCAUGGCAGUUUUUAGAAACUCGCGACGUAAUUUUCAAACCGAGAACGUUCUUUCUUGAGUUGUUUUAGAACCUCGGACGUGGCCUACACAUUACGGCUCCAUUCAUGGUACUCAGUUCGUGAAGGAAAUAAUUCGAACGUUGCGAAAUUAUCUUGUUAGUUAGGUCUGCAGUGAUGGAAAAAAAUAAAAAUUAAUGUUAACUCUUCUCGUUAGAAAAAAAAAUCGAUUGCAUGUUUCCAUAUCCCUCGCGUUUCGGCGUUCUCGUGCGGUGCCUUCGCAGAGAAAAGGAACGCAUGUGAGUUCCGUCGUGCUGGCCGUUCUGCCGUGCUCGUAGUAAGGUCUCGACACAGCCUGCCAUGUGUGACUUCUAGUCAGCGGCCCAUGUCUCGUCACAGCCCCGGGGUCCGGUACUGCUCUGCCUCUGCUGCACAGGUUCGCGUUCCGAAGUCAUGGAGUUACUGAACUGUCGGGAGAGGGCAUUGCUGCGGCGUGGUUGAAGUCAUUUUCCUCCUCGUCACCGCCAUGCUGCAGCGCGUGAAACAUCGCGUUCGAUGACGGUUAAAAAGCAGCCCAUUAAUCAUAAAUUCCUUUCGUUAAACACAGAUACUUCCUUUAAAACAGUUUCCACAAUGUAAACACUAACACUUCAGCCAGUUUUUUUUUUUUUGGGUCUCCCGCGAACAUGAGCUGGACAAAAUGCGGCUUCACGCCGUAUCCAUGAGUGCAAUGCAUGCAUAGACACUCCUUGGUUAUAAUGACCACUAAGCUUUAGUUCUACAAUAGUUCGAUAUGGCCGCUCGUCAUUUAGAACUUAACAAUGCCUUGGGCUAUGUUUCUUACACUCAGUCUUCUGGCAAGUGUCAAAACAGUCUUAGUCCAGAUGUUAGUUAAACUGUCGCUAAAUUAAUUGGGGAAUUACUCUGAAUUUUUUUUUGCUGAUCAGGUCGUUUAAAUUUUUUUAACAGCAUGCAGAAGUGCCAAAUAAUCCCCGUUGUCCGGGCAAAAGCUUUGGAGAUUUAUUUCUUCCCAAAUAUUUAGUACAUCAGUGUCAACCGCCGGUGAAUCACAUUUAAAAAAAAAAAGGUUGACUCACUCGUUCAGACACGGUGCGUGUCUCUGGUGUUCUGCUAGACUGUAGUCGUGAUCCACAUGAACUGGAUGGUGUUUAUUCCCCGCUGUGAUCUUGAACAGAUGGCUGGCCCUAGUAGUAUCUGACGGCGCGUUCACCGAGACUUACGCAAAACAGUUCUGGAAAUAACUCAGCACAGUCAGUCCACUUGGCGUAAUGUCCGCUGACCAAUAUCACGGGCGCAGAUGUGGAACUGACAAAUGCCUAAAAUCAAAUAAAACAAAAGUAAUAAACUGAAUUCCCUCCCGCCGAAACAUAAUACUAAUAAUAAUAGCUUAUAUUCACACGCACCAAAGAAAAUGCCUUAUUGCGUGUUAGGAGCGUUGAUUGAACAUGGUUCCCAUACGUUCUAAGCUUAAUUGUUCUACCGGAAAUUUGUAUCUUUCGCUUGUUCUCUAGUGUUUAAUUCACGAUAUUACAUUUGGUUAUUAUAGUCAAGUUAAUAUAAACGCCCGUGUACCAGAUUCGUUGUAAGCAACGGAAUUUUUUAUCGCACUCACGGAAAACCUGUCAUGCAGUUUUCGCGUAUAUCUCUAUUUGUAAAAUAAAAAUUUUAUUCAGGUACUUUCGUGUUAUGUAUUUGUUGGUAGGCUGUGCCGAGAGUGUUCAACAUAGUUAAAUCUUCUAGUAGAAAAGUUUUCACAAACCGGAUCGUAUUUAACCAAUGAUGGGGGGUUUUAAUCCUGAACCAAGUGACCCUGAGAUUUGCAAACCCAUGACAUUAUUCGUGUCGUCUGGACUCUGAUCUCUCCUCGGCCAUGCCUUGAUGUUGCUCAACUUGAUCGCCACAUGUUUCCCAGUAUUCUUUUACGAAAUAAGUGUUUUGUGCAUUAUCGACCAAUGUUCUUUUUGUACUGUUAGUGUAAUACCUCUAUAUAUUUCUUGUACUAUUUUGUAUCCAUCUGUAUGGUUUUAGUGUAAUUUUUGUACUGCUGUUGCAAUAUUUUUGUAAAUAUGUUCUUUUUUAUAUCAUAGCAAUAAACUACAAUUCGAAUUUGAA